AAACGUUGCAGAAGUUCCGUCCAGCUGCAGGCUUGUCCAACUGCCCCCUUUGACGCUUGGAUCAUGGCCCGACUUGCCCUUUACCUGGUCUGUGUUUGCUGUGUGUGUCUUGUUGCGGCAUCCGUCGACCCCGAUGUCACGGAGAAGCUUGAGGGGCUGCUGGAGUUCGUCCUGAACGUACUCGCACGGACCAAAGGUGAUGGCGCGGACGAGGCCAACGCAGCUGACGCAGAUGAAACGGGUGGGCCUGGAUGAGGUCAAACACACUGUAUGUAUCUAUGUUUUUCCCGCCUACCAUAGCUGUUGCGCAUGCUCCCAAGGCCAACAAGGGCGAGGUGUGCCCCGUCCUGAGCAUGGAGGCCAUGGCCGAGGAGGACGGCAACGGGCUCUCGUUGCCGAGCGCGAUCGUGUCCGCACGCAGCGAGCACUACAUCGACCUCCCAUUGGUAAGGCUAGGACCACUCUCGAGGUGGCGGACAAACGGCCGGACUGGAGUGCGUGCAGGGCAUGGCGAGAAGGCUGGGAUACACUGAGAUCGUCAUGGCCGUCCAUUCGCACGAGGGAGAUGCCAACAUCAUAGUGCAGUCGCAGCAAGGGUGAGUGUGCGUGUACCACAUCUUCAACUGACAAGCACGUAUCCUGAUGUCACCUGGGCCAGGCACGUGUAUGGCAGCUCGACGGCGCCUUCGACAAAAAAAGCCAGCCUUUUCGAAGACACCAUCAUCGUGCCCACCGCAGCCAAUGUGACUGCACAUGCUUUCGUGGUGCCCGCUGGCGGCGAAGAUGCCAAUGUGGUGAGACAGAAAGGCCGCCUCAGAGACCAUUCCGACGUCCAUACGUAUUGCCGUGUACCUGCUCUGUGUGGGUGUGUCACAUGUGUCAAACAGACGGUGUUGCUGUCGUUGCGGAAUGAGGGCUGCAAGGUGCCCUUCGCAAUCCCCGGCAUACACAACAAGACAAUCGUCGACCUCUCUGCGGACCUGCGUGACGUCAUGCUGCCUCCUCCGCGCGACGACAUGAGCCAGACUUUCGCCUACUACAGAAAGCUGUCGAGCGUGUCCGAGAAAGACGUGGCCAUAGCAGAGAAGCUUAUUGAGGAGCUACGCAAGGGCCACGAUUCUGAGAAGCUGCUGGCGAGCAGCGGACUGGAGCCCUUUGAGUACCGACUGGACGCUAAGGACACUCAGAAGCUCUGGAAAGACAAGGUGAGGGACACAGCAGGACAGAAAUACAUCGGAAAGAUCAGAUGUGUGGCUGACUCGAUGCGUUUCUGUGGUGUAUUUGUGGUCCGUGUUGCACUUUCGCUCCCCCAGGAGACGCCGGUGCCCAGGAGCCGAUUGACAACCAGAGAGCAGGGUAGAUUGACGAACUGCGAAAGAGUGGCGAUGCCCGCAUGUGUGUGUGUGUGUGUGUGUGUGUGGUUUUUGGCUGCAGCUGAAGUCGUUACAUCCGAAGUAAACUGUCCCACAUCUUGUUGCUGCUACUGCUAUUAUCAGAAUUGUCCGGACGGCCGCGGGCUGACACGGCCAUCAUGCGAAGAGGGUGCGGAUCGCAGCCCGUGCACAUUGUUUUCCGUCUCCAGCCCGUGUUUGAAUGCCCCUGCCUCGUGCAUCUGUCCCUGCACCAACACAGAAUAUCAGAUCUCGUGUGAGUUCGGCCCACUCGCCGAUGGAAUGUGCUAGUCAGUCUAUCUGAUCGGUCAGGCACCUUCACCUUCACCUGCACAAAAUUUUCCCCUUUCUGAAUGCUCGGGGCUAGGUGUUGCUCAUGUGUGUCUUGUUGAGAGCCCCUGCUUUUGUUUUUGCUGUUUUUCUGCGCGAAUGCACGGCGUGGGGGCGGGAAGGAGGAGUAUUCUAUGUAUGUGUUGUCUCUUUGAAGAAUUUUCUGACUGAUGGAUGCACGUGUUUUUGAAAACCUGCAGCCUUUGCGCCAUCAGUGCUAAAGUUUGCCUGUCUCUGUCUGUCUAUCUGUCUGUUUGCCUUUGUUGCCUAACUGUCUGGCUUCCCCUUCGCUAAUGGUUGGCAUCGAGCCGGCAGGGCCGAAAUGAAACGCCAAAAGGAUGAUGACUGAAUGGCGAGAAGAAACGUCUCCUUGCCUUGUAUGCUUGCUUGUAGGCAUGCUGUCUGUAUGGCUGAUUUGUCUGUCCCGGCUGGCUGUGUUUCCGUCUCUGUGUGUCCGUCUCUGUGUGUCCAUGUCUGUGUGUGUCCGUGUCUGUGUGUGUCCGUGUCUCUGCGGCCGUGUGUGUCUGUCUCUGUCUGUCUGUCUGUCUCUCUUCUUCGUGUACACACACGAGUGCAUGUACUGCGCUCUCUGCCUGCGAGCCGCAAUUGGCUCAGGGACAGACCCACAAUUGAGGGAGUGCGCUAUGGCGUGGCAGGCCAAACGAAGGGGUGCAAACAUGGGGUAUGUAAGACUCGAAGCAAUGAGGUAUCUGUGAGAGGCCGUGUUUGAAGCAAUGAGGCUGUGACUGAAGGAAUGAGAGAUGUGGUGUGUGAGUAUUGACCGAUUAUCAGCGACAUGUCUUGUCUGUUGUGCGGACGUCGCCGCCAAUCGUGGAGGGGCGACCACACAAUGACUGGGUUCGGGGCACGUGUGUGUGGCUUGCCUUCAUCGGUGCGUUUGGUGCAUGAGCAUGAGUCCGAGCCUUCUGGAGCGAUUGGUUGGCAAUUCUGAGUGACAUAUAGCCCAAGGCAUUGGUUGGAUGAGUGAGUAUGUGUGUGGACUAGGGGGGGGUGGGUGAGUGGUCGGAGUGCUCGGUUGAAGCCAUUCAGAUCGUC